CCAGAACUUUCUCCGUUUUUUCAGUCCUCCUGAAUGAACUCUCGAGAGUAGGGGGAAGAAGAUACUCACAGGUUUAAAACCCUAAAGCUGGGUGGUGCUAAAUUUAAUAAAUCAAAGUACAUUUUUUCUAUUUUACUUUAGACGACAGAAGGACCCGUACCGUUGCUGCUCUUGUUGCCAUUGUUUGUUUUGUCAGAAAACAAAGGAAAAUGUCUCAGUUCAACAAGGGACCAAGCUACGGCUUGUCUGCAGAAGUGAAAAACAAGAUUGCCCAGAAGUAUGAUAUGCAGAAAGAGGAGGAGUUGCGCUACUGGAUUGAGGAGGUGACUGGCAUGCCCAUCGGGGAGAACUUCCAGCUGGGUUUGAAGGACGGGGUCAUCUUGUGCGAAUUAAUAAACAAACUGCAGCCUGGAUCAGUGAAGAAAAUCAACAACUCCAAGUUGAACUGGCACAAGCUGGAGAACCUUGGGAACUUCAUCAAAGCCAUUUUAUCCUAUGGAUUGAAACCCAAUGAUAUCUUUGAAGCGAAUGACCUCUUUGAAAAUGGAAACAUGACACAAGUACAGACCACACUCCUCGCCCUGGCCAGUAUGGCAAAGACCAAAGGUAUGGAUACAAAGGUAGAUAUUGGUGUUAAAUACGCAGACAAGCAAACGCGACGUUUCAACGAUGAGAAAAUGAAAGCGGGUCAGUGUGUCAUUGGGCUGCAGAUGGGCACCAAUAAAUGUGCUAGCCAGGCUGGCAUGACAGCCUAUGGGACCAGAAGACACCUUUAUGACCCAAAGACUCAAACAGACAAGCCUUAUGACCAGACCACCAUCAGUCUGCAGAUGGGGACGAACAAAGGAGCUAGUCAGGCAGGGAUGGCAGCCCCUGGCACCAGGAGAGACAUCUUUGACCAGAAAGUAGCACUGCAGCCAAUGGACUCCUCCACCAUCUCCCUGCAAAUGGGCACCAAUAAGGUGGCCUCUCAGAAGGGCAUGAGUGUUUACGGCCUGGGCCGCCAGGUGUAUGACCCCAAGUACUGCGCCACACCCCUGGAACCUGUCAUCCAUACCAAUGGCAGCCAAGGCACAGGAACCAAUGGCUCGGAGAUCAGCGACAGUGACUAUCAGGCAGAGUACCCUGAUGAGUACCAAGGCAGCUACCACGAAGAGUACAGCGGGCACUACAAUGACCAAGGCAUUGACUAUUAGCCUGUGCCAGUUAUGUUCAAUGUACUUGUUCUUUAAAACGGAGUUCUUGCUAUCUUUGCUAGUCUUUCCUUUUGAACUGAGGCCUUUCAGAGAAAUAAAAUGCCAUAUGUGUACAUUCCUCCCCUCCACUGUUCUGACCAUCAGUAUUUUAAUACUCUCUAGAAUGUACCAUUUUUGAGUUCAGUUUCUUGAUGUCAAGGACAUUCUUAUUUUUUAUACUUUUAACAUUUUUUUAUGAAGUAUGGAAUAACUGUGAAAUAACAAUUCUCCUAGCCGCAGCUAUGACGCAUCCUGUUUGGUAUACAAUGCCAUAUAGUCCUUGUUUUUUAAAUUAGCUUUUAUGAAAUGAUUUCUCUAUAAAGGAGAAUCACAGCACAAAA